GAUUUCAAAUGAUUUCAAUAGCUUAGUUUUCCUGUUAUUAAAUUCCCUCACAAAAAUGUCGUUACAUAAAUUGCCGCCCCUGUGCUAGGGCUCCAAAUAAUAUUGACACUGCUUAAACAAAGAGAAGAACUCACUUUUGGCGCGUGCUAAGCUUGCGGCAAAUGCCCAGACAAAUAAUAUUUCCAAGAAAUAAUGGGGUUAAGUUCAGUUUUGGAGCCAGUCAGGUACCAAGAAGUGCACGACGUCGAAUGCCUGAGCCCCGAAACCGCAGACCAAUCCAAUGCGGAUCGAACGCUCGGUACGGCGACAAAUGAUAAACCGUCGAACGGGGCAGAUAAGAUAGUGGCUGAGACGAAAUCUAAGCAAAUAAGUGCAAAGCCAAAGAUAUCGACAAUGUCGAAAGCCGUGUCAUUUGGAAUUGUUGAAACAACGAAAAUGGAGCACUUCAAAAUAGAUAUUAAAAUGCUCGAUGCGAAUCGAUUGCGAAUCGAAAAAUGCAGCCUGCAUGCCUGAUCAAAAUAAAGAGUGGGCAAAAUUUAUAUGUAACACGCAGUGAGAGAUAAAAUGAUUAAAUUAUGGUGCCAUAUUUUCUGGUAAAUUUUAAAACAAAGGAGCUGGCAGAGACACAACGUUGUCCAAUAGGUGGCAGCACGAGAUGUGGGAGCUGGGAACCGGGAGCCGGGCAUGUUGCGACGGGCGUGAUGAUUGCAUUUUAAUGGACAAAUUAAAAAUCAAUGCCUGCUGAGUUGCACGUACUUUGUACUUAAAUUAACCAAACAAAAUUUUGUACGCCACAGAACGUAAAACGGACAAAAUAAAUACAACAAAAAUAAAAAAAAUCAAGAGACAAAAAAAAAACUGUCGAUCGAACACCGAUCGUGAGAAUGGAAAUGGCGACAAUGUCGACGGGCGGCAGCCCGAACUCCAUAAAUCUUCAUAAGCUUGUCACGUUUCGAGUGCAACAGCUACUCGUAAAUAUCUGAAUCCGAAGCCGUAGCCGUAUCCGUAGCUGAAGCCUCAAGCUGUGCCGCCGAAGACGAUGACGAAGCUCCCAAAAAGUUGCUGCUCCUUGCGGAUUAACAAUUAUUUUGACAUAAAAUAGCCGCACGCCUCACUCCCAGCCCCAGCCACAGCCCCAGGCCGGAGCCCGAAACGUAGACGAAAGUCGGUAGUCCGACUCAUGAGUCUUGCUUUCGACAAUUCACGGCUUCUGACAUCCAACGGCCCCACACAAGAGAUUUCGUGAGUGUGCCACGGCGGUGACACAUACGUGCCGCGCUUUUCGGCAAUGUUGAUACUUUCUGGACUACCGUUGCCACCAUAGAGAUUGGACAUCAUUUGUAAGCGCAACACGUGCCGCCCAGCAGAGCUGGAGUCGUAUAGGCGUACAUGCUGUUAGUGGGAUCUUCAAAUUACCUUUGUAUUGGGUAAACGUUCAAUGAAAUUUGGUCGUAAAACUUGUUGUUUAUCUUAAAUUCGUUAUUUGGACAUUUGCAUUUCGGGAAAUGUUGGCUGGAGUUCAACAACUUUAGUUGGAUGAUGGGCAAAUCGAGUCGAGUAUUAUUUUAAUAUGGUUUCGAAAAAGGUAGAAUUUUAAUUGAAUAAAUUGCUGAUUAAACUUC